UCCUCUUCUGUCACGGACGCGCACACAGCAGCUCAACAUUUGAGAAUACAGCUUAGCUUUCUGCAUCCACAUCCUCCUAGAGAUACAAUCAUAACAUCCCAUAAUUACAUUUAUCACCAAAUAUUUCUCCACUGGACAUUGAUGAAUUUGCCUCAACGGUCGCCGUAGCGGUCCAUCCGAUCGUUAUUGCUCUUAUUUCCUUCCUUCCCGCAUCCAAAGAAAGAUCUACGCUAUAAGAUGGCUGAGUUGAAUUUGGGGAAGGGGCUGACCGCAGGGAAAGUGGCCAGCAACGUUCAGAAAAAACUGACGAGAGCCCAAGAAAAGGUUCUUCAGAAGCUUGGCAAAGCUGAUGAGACCAAAGAUAUUGCUUUUGAGGAAGAAGUGAUCAACUUCAACAAACAAUAUACUGAAGGCAGCAAACUGCAAAGGGACCUAAGGGCAUACCUGGAAGCAGUAAAAGCCAUGCACGAGUCCUCCAAAAACGUGCAGGGGUGUUUGGCUGACAUGUAUGAGCCGGAGUGGUACGGCAAGAAGGAGGUGGAUUCCAUUGCGGAGGACUGCGAUGUGCUGUGGACUGACUACCAUCAGAAGUUGGUCGAUCAUGCCCUCAUCUCCAUGGAUACCUACCUGGGCCAGUUCCCUGAUAUCAAGUCACGUAUAGCUAAGAGGGACAGGAAGCUGGUGGAUUACGACAGUGCCAGGCACAACUAUGCUACCACACACAAGACCAAGAAAAAGGACGGGGGCAUUAAAAUCACCAAGCCGUCGUCCUUGUUGGAGAGGGCCACUCCAGGUUGGGCUCAGGGUAUCUUGUCUGCACACAAUGUUGCCCAGAGCAGUCUGUCCAGGAGCCAGGCUGAAGAAGAGUUGGAUAGAGCCCAGAAGGUGUUUGAGGAGAUUAAUAUUGACUUGCAAGAGGAAUUACCUUCACUCUGGAACAGUCGUGUCGGGUUUUAUGUCAGCACCUUUCAGAGUUUGUCUGGUUUUGAGGAGAAGUUUCACAAGGAAAUCGGCCGGUUGGAUCAGGAUUUGUAUGACGUCUUGGAUACUUUGGAGGAUAGAGGCACAGAGGCAGCAAGCAGAAAGACAGAAUCCCGCGGCGCCUCAUCGUCAGGAACAAAUAGGAGUGCGAGUGGGAAAGAAGCAGCUAACCACAGUCUCAGGCCUGGAGGACCACCGCCAAUCCCCAAAUCCCCAUCCAAGCUGAGGCCUGCAAUGCCUCCUCCCCCCAAGGUGACCCCCUGUAAGGAGUUGAAAACAGAGAACAUCAUCAGCAUGUUUGAUGCUGCAGCGGCUCCUGAUAUCAGCGUCACCUCCCCUACAGAGCCUGCAAACUGGGACUCAUGGCAUGAGGAGAGUGAUGCCCAGGAAGAAUACGUCGAGCCGCACUUUGACCCAGUCAUUGCUGCUGUAAAUGCCUGGGGGGAUGAUGGCGCGCAGCCUGUCCGGUAUGACCCCAUAGCAGCUGCCCAAGACGGCUGGGGGGACGACGGAACAGUUCCAGUUCGCAUUGACCCCGUGGCUCCGGUUGAGGAGGUAGGGGGGGAUGAGGCUAAUAACUAUCCUGAGGCUGAAGCCCAGGAGGACUGGGGCGACGACGGUGGCCCCACAGAGGAGGUGGCCCCCCCGGUGGAGGUGACCCCUCUGGAGGAGGUGGCCCCCCCGGAGGAGGUGGCACCCCCGCAAACACCGGCAGCUGAGUCUCCCAUUGACGCGGCUGAGGAAGAAGCCACACCUGCUGCUGCUGCAGUGGAUGAUGAAGAGGGUCAGGGUGAAUCUGCAGCAGCUGCUGCAGCACCAGAGGAGGAAGCCCCGGCAGAGGGGACGCCUGAAGUAGCGGCACCAUCAACAGAAGUUGCAUCAGAGCCCAAAGACAUUCCACCUGGCUUUUUGUUCAAGCUCCUGGUGAUGCAUGAUUAUGCUGCCAAUGACACAGACGAACUGGAGAUGAAGACUGGUGAUGUGGUGUUGGUCAUCUCCUUUGAAAACCCUGAUGAACAGGAUGAUGGGUGGCUGAUGGGAAUGAAGGAGGACGACUGGAAGCAGAACAAAGAAAAUGCCGCUAAAGGAGUAUUCCCUGAGAACUUCACCCAGAGGCUGUGAAGAAGGAGGACAGGACGUCAUUCCAGCUUCCUUUUCAUAUCUGUCUUUCUCUUGCCUCAAUCUUUCUUAUCCUUUCUUGCCCCGAUAUUACCUUUCCUAGGACUUUGGCCAUAGAAGCAGAGCUGUCACAGCCCUGGCUGAAAUCGUGCAUUUCUAAGGUCUGCUACACUGUGCUAAAAGUGGACCUUGGCAUUUCUGUGGAUUUCUGCCAAAAUGACAGUUACAGAAGUGGCCAUUUCACUGGUUCCCCUCUUUGUUGUCUUGCUUUUGCUACACCACACCGGCGGAAUUGAUUCGAGAAUCCCGAUCACGCAAGAUAGAUGCAGGGAUUGUUGCCUCUGCAAUGGCUACUGCUGCAAUUGCCUCAUGUCGUUUUAUUCUUAGUCAUGUCUCAUCAUUAACUUUCCAAGACCUGUUUCACCGACACAACAGAGAAAAUGUCUUUUGAGCGGUGCUUUUGUUCAUCUGAUACUGAGAGAACAGUGUAAAAUUAUGAAGUCAACGCCAAGUGUAGCAAAGUAUCCCUUAGAGUGAAACAUGUAGUUAUUGUAGUUGUAAGCCAGGCUGACAGAAAGUUGAGCUGAGUCCUGCUUAGAAACGUUCCCCAAGGAGAGUUGAAAAGUAAACACAUAUCCUAGCUGGCAAUUUCCCCUAAAUUGUUCUAAGUGACAACAUUUGCAAUCUCAUCAACAGCAGGGACUGAAUUUAGCCGCUCAUUAAUGAGAGUGGGUUGUUGAAACACAUUUCUAUUUUUGGCAAUGGCCUGUUUUAGCCACAUGUGUAGCCAUCAAUUGUCGUUUAUUUCUCUUACACAUGUCCAUGUGCUACAUGCAGCAGGCUGGUAAACAUCUCAGAUGCCAGUCUUUCUUGUUUAAUGAUCCACAAUCCCUCUAAUUAGUCCUGGGGCUCUGCUGCUGUCACAAUGCCUGUUGGACACAUUCAGCCCUUGUUUUAUUCCUAAUUUAAUUAUCUACCCGUGAAACAUUAGAACAUGGGCCCCUUGUUGUUGUCUUGGUUUAGAUCGAAUAGUGAUAGAUUAUAAACCUGUUGUUAAAAUCCAAACCAAUGCAUUUAACUGGCAUCAAUCUACUUAAAGACAGCAGGAAUUCAAUUUAAAAUGCUUUACAAUUCCAACAAAAAUACUUUUUACAGAGCCCUAUAGAGUAGAAAAAAAACAACUGGUUCCAUCUUUGACAGUCAUGUUUUUUCAAUCCUUGUUGCUUGAACUUGUGUGAAGUUGUGUUGAGUGGGCAUGUAAACAAAUAUUUUCAAGGAUUUUUUUUCACAAGGGAUUCCAAAUAUGCAUUAGCCUGGCUCGCUUAAAAGCUGGACAAAAAAACGACAAGAAAAAGACGCUGCUACUGGUAGUAUAAUAGUAAGGCAGAUAUGGUCCACCUUAAAGCUAAUCAAAUAUAUAUAAACUGAGCCAGCCUCAUUUGAAAAAUGUGCCGAAAACAAAUCCUUCCAUUUGCAUUGAGACACCCUAACUCAAAUGCAGAUGAUUCAGAAUAUGCACCAGAGCAACUUCUUUUAUUUUUGUAUGCUGCCAAGCAAUGAUUACAUAUAGCCUAAUAUAUAUGUCAACAUAAUUGCCAACUUACUGUAGGAUGUUAUGGAGUGUUUUGUACUUCUGUCAGGUUUACUGCUCUCAACAUUGCCGCUUACUGUAGGUCAUCGAAACAAUCUCACAUGCAUCCAGUCACUGACUCAGAAGAGAUGCUCAUGAUGUUGUUAAUAAGUGUGCGAGAAAAUGGUUGUGUGCGGUUGUAUGUGUGUGUUUACGGGUUGUUUGAAAACAUCAAUUCUUUAUCUAUAGGCUAUUGUUAUUGAACAAUAUCACCACCACCUACCAGGGAAUGAGGUAGUUCGUUUUGCUGGAAGUUUUGGACCAACCCAAACGUAUUUGGGUCUUUUUCCAAUGGCUGGUAUUAUGGUUCCAGGUGUUAUUGUGCAUUUGUUGUGUAUAAGUGUAAUUUUGCCAAGCUGUGAUGACAGAUACAUAUUCUAUAAAAACAUUCAUAUCUGUAUGUGAGUUACUGUGAGCAUGCUGAAUUCCCAUGUGUUGUUGUGUGAACACCCUUAAUUUAAGACGAUGAUACUUUGGUCACUUUUGAGGCAGCUGAAACAGGCAAUUUCUUCAUUUUGUAUUAUUUAUUUUGCUAUUCUAAAUAGAGUGAGGCUGGGUGGUUAUAUAUAAUGUGUGUUUUUCCACCGUUCCCUCUCAAAUCAGUCCUGAUUAUAAUUGCCUGUGAUCCAUCAGCCUUGCCUCAAAAUGUCUCCAGGGUAUCGUGGUCCAAACAGACCUAAACAUGAUUACAUGGAGACAGGACACAGAGAACAUCUACAAACCACCAGACUCAGAUGGACACAUUUUUGUAAUGGUUUUCAGUAUUUAAACAACUUAAGAUGUGCAUGAUUUUUUCAUAUGUAUUUGAAGAAGCCUCACAUGUGAGAACAUCACCUGCACAUUUAGGUUAACCACUUUCAUAUUUUUUAUUUUUAAACAUAUGUAAUUUGGUGAGCGUUUCAUCUGGGUCUGGUUCUCUAUUGUCUGUAUGGAUAAUGAAGUGUCCUGUGAUGAGAUAUGGGAUAUGACAAAAAGGUUUUUCCUGUACCUAACUGACCAAUAAUAAUAAAGAUUAAAUAGAAUCUA